AUGAGACGGUCCAGUCAGCUAAAUUCGACGAGAGGUUCGGGCUGUGGCGUGUCAAGACCGUUUCAAGUAGCGGGAUGCUCGGUGGCGACCGGAGAGAAUGCUGAGAAAGUGGUUCCGGAGUUUGAAGGUUUAGAAGAUUUUGGUGGUGAUGUUCUUCACUCUGGUGACUAUAAAUCGGGUGAGAGGUACCGUGGAAAACGAGUUUUGGUAGUCGGAUGUGGAAACUCCGGCAUGGAAGUCUCUCUUGAUCUAUGCAACCACGAUGCGAGACCAUCAAUGGUCGUUCGUAGCUAUGUUCAUGUAUUGCCGAGAGACAUUCUUGAAAUGUCGACAUUCAAAAUAGGUGUAACAAUGAUGAAAUGGAUGCCGGUUUGGCUCGUCGAUAAGUCUCUGCUACUUCUCACGAGGUUACUCCUGGGAAACACCGAUAAGUACGGGCUUAAGAGACCUGAAAUUGGACCGUUAGAGCUGAAGAACACCACCGGUAAAACUCCAGUGCUAGACGUCGGAACAUUCUCAAAAAUCAAAUCGGGAAAGAUCAAAAUCAUCCCGGGAAUCGUUAAGUUUGGUCCAGGAAAGGUCGAACUUGUGGAUGGUCGGGUUCUAGAGAUCGAUUCCGUCCUUCUUGCUACUGGUUACAGAAGCAAUGUUCCUUCAUGGCUUAAGGAUAACGACUUGGAGGAGAUCAGAAAAGAGAAAAACCCGUUUCCAAAAGGGUGGAAAGGAGAGGCCGGAUUGUAUGCAGUCGGGUUCACGAGAAAAGGACUCUCGGGUGCCUCGCUCGAUGCGAUGAGUGUAGCUCAUGAUAUUGCGAAUAGCUGGAAAGAAGAAACUAAGCAACAGAUUAAAACUGUCGCUGCUCGUCACCGUCGUUGUAUCUCACACUUUUGA